AUGUCUUCAUAUAUCGUCAAAUACAUUGCUAAUAGAGUUCUCAAGGAUAACCAAUGGAACAGACUUGGGGUUGAAGAUCCCUAUUACGAAUAUAUUCCACUUGACGCUGAAGGGAAGAGGACCAAAAAGGUGAAGAGAAGAGUCCCUGAUGGUCUUAGUAAGAAUGAUAUUUCCGUACUUGAAGCCAUCAAACAAAAGGCGUAUCGUUAUGACAUUUGGUUUAAUGUUGCUGGGGUGCAAUUUGGUUGGUCUAGUAUUGUUGGAUUUGUACCAGUGGUGGGACAACUUUUGGCCACGUAUUGGUCUCUUACCAUUUUGGUAACUGCCAGAGGAUUGGACGAUGGGUUACCAUUCGAUCUUCAUCUCUUAUUUCUUAUGAAUAUUGUCAUUGACUUUGUUUUGGGGUUGAUUCCAAUUGUCGGUAAUUUAGUCGAAAUUGGAUAUAAGGCGAACCUGCGUAACUUUUUAUUAUUGGAAAAGCAUCUUUUAAGAGUCGGACAAAAGAAUAUGGGGAUCAUUGAACCAAAUGAAGUUCGUUCAAACUUCCUCAAUGACAAAGUUGGCCCAGUGGUUGAAGAAACAAUUCUUCCUGGCACCAUCAAGGCUGGUGAACACUUGAAGCAUUUUGUUAGUGACCAAUACCAUUCGAUUCAAAAGCUCAAGGUUCGUCCAGGUACUGCUGCAUCUGGAUCCCCUACCACUGUCACUUCCCCUGAAACUGUACACCAUCUUGAAGUAGAAGAUGAUGCCAAAUCUAUCAAGAGCGUCAAUAGCUUGAACUCUAACUUGAAGAAGUAUCCGGUUGCUUCUGAAAAAUUGGAUUAG